AUGAUUGUCGCUGAUUAUCAACCACUCUCGUUAGUAGAAAACGUUGGAUUUAUUGAGUAUAGUAAAAAAUUGCAACCACUUUAUUCUAUCCCUAGUAGAAAAAUAUUAACUUCGAAAUUAUUGCCACAAGAAUAUAAUGUUAUACUUCUUAAAAUAAAAUCUAUUCUUCAAAAUGUAAAUGAUUUAUCUAUAACAACAGAUAUGUGGACAUCCGAUUCCAAUAUAUCAUAUAUAACAGUGACGUGCCAUUUUAUUUUUGACGACCAAUUAUAUUCACCAGUAAUUGCAACUAAAGACGUUUUUGACAGACACACUGGUCAAAAUAUAGCCGCUACACUUACAAAUAUUUUUAAUGAGUGGAAUAUAACAAAUAAAAUAAUAACUGUGGUAUCAGAUAAUGGGUCAAAUAUUAAAAAUGCAAUAAACGAACACCUUCUUAAACACCAUCAUCCAUGUGUAGCACACACACUUAACUUGAGUAUGAAUGAGGCAAUAAAUGGAAACUCUGAUAUAAAUCAAAUUUUAAAAAAAUGUAGGACGAUAGUAGAGCAUUUUAAGCACAGCAGCAACGCUACAGAAAAACUCAAAGAUUUUCAAUUACAAAUGAACUUACCUCCAUUAAAAGUUAAGCAAGAUGUGCCCACUAGGUGGAAUUCUAGUUUAAUAAUGAUGGAUAGACUUGUAAACAUUAAAGUCCCUCUAUCUGCAACUAUGUCAACUUUACCUCGUGCUCCAAAUUAUUUAAAUGCGUCAGAGUGGGAGAUAAUAUUAGAUUGUACUCAUAUUUUAAAGCCAUUUCAAAUUAUGACAGCGGAAUUAUCAGGCGAAAAGUAUCCAACAUUAAGCGUGGUAAUACCACUUAUUAGAGGUCUUCAACAUAUUUUAAAAAACUUGAAAACAGAAACUGAUAUUGGGGAU